AUGCGGAAGAUACAGGCUCAGCAGGUCCCAUGGCGUACCGGCGUCCAAAGCCAGCGGCUUUUCAGCAACGGGCCGGGUAGUGGUUGGUUCGAGGUCGGGUUUGGAGCACCGGCCACCCAGACACCAGACGAGGCUGCCAUGAUGGAGCGGGCGGUUUAUGCCAUGGAGCAGAAGCAAAAGCAGUUCGAGCAGGAGGAGAAAGAGUGCAUUAAAGCCGCCAACGCAAAGACAGAUGCCAAUGCGUGGUUGGAGCGUGUAGGAUGGGCCGACCAUUUGCAGGGUUUAGAUCCGGAAGCCAUGAGACAGUUGACGGACCCGGUUGGCGAGGAAGAGCAUGUUUUGCAGUUAAUCCACGACAGCAUCAUACGCGUCAUGUCGCAGGCGCGGAUCACAGCCGCACCCAGCACCGUUGGCACCCAGGCGUUGUUCGAAGCGCAGCGUAAAGAAGUCGACAAGAAGCCGCGGCGGCCGUUUGACAAUCGGGUCGAGGAAGACACGUGGGCCCGAUAUACAGCAGUGUGGACAAAGCUGAUAUGUUAUAUUUACCGGGCAGAGGAGAUUGCAGAUGACAAGAAGAGGCCCGGGUUCAAGUUAACAAAGCGGCAGAGCGAUUACAUGGAUGCGUUAGAAGAUAUGAUUCAAGAGCAUAUUGACGAUCCCGAAGCCAACCCGUUAGAUAAGGAUCAGGUGGACACGUUGACGUUGCAGGUAGUCAUUGCAUUACUGGACCACAAGUUAACGGCAGGUGAGUAUCGUAGCGCCAUUAUCAGCGGGUUGGCCGUGCUGGGGAUCCGGAAAGACGGAGGUUGGAUGGAUGUGAUGGAUUACACACCCAUGUAUUCGGCCGUGAUCAAGGUGGCGCGGGCGAUGGUUGUGUAUCAGUCAUUUCAAGAGAGGAAGGCAGAGGUGGCCCGAUUAAAGGAGGCGAAGUUGAGGCAACUGGAUGACGAGGAGGAGGCCGAAGAAGAAGCCGAAGAGGAAGCGCCCAGCAUGUUCCGCAUCGUGCGUGAGAAGGUGCAGAGGUUCAUGACGACAACAUCCAAGGAGACAUACGCCGAGCCAACGCCGAUGGAUUGGAUAUACGAGGCGCGCACGUAUGGCAUGUACAUUCGGUUCAACACACCAGCGAGCGGGACCGUAGAUUGGGAUGGCGACCACAUCAAGUACCGAAAGACACGGUUCCGGAUGGGUGCGUUGACCGAGAUGUUGCACGCAUUGACGAGGGAAGCGAGAGAGCAUUUGGCCACGCUGACGAUGGUGGAUGAUGUGGACCAGCUGCCGCGGAUCCCGUGGUCGGCGGUGGAAGACGAUCACAGCGAGGACCGGAUAGGGUAUUCAUUCUUAACUGACGACCGAAAUCGCGAGUGGGUGAAGAGAGGUAAGAAUUGGGUGAUGAACCAGAUCCGCGAUACCCAACCGCAUGGGCAGGGCCAGGCACGACGCAAGGUAUGGAUCGACAACGAGAGAAGGGACGGAAAGCCGUUCCAGGCCCGGGCGGUGCAGUCAUACGGUCAAAAGUUCAACGGGUUCAUGGAGCGCAUAUUCAUGUUGAUGUACAUGAUGAGCCAACCAGGACGAGUCACCGAGAUGACCGGCAUACGACAUGAGAACACAAUGAACGGAGGGGUGCGGAAUGUGUUGGCGCAUAACGGUAUGAUGUGCAUGGUUACAUUAUACCACAAGGGAUUUCGAUUAACGGGGCAGGCCAAAGUGAUUCACCGGUAUCUGCCCCGUGCCGUAGGUGAGUUGCUGGUGUGGUAUUUGUGGUUAGUUUUGCCAUUUUGGCAGCAGGUGCAGGGUGUCGUUCAGGAUGCCGCGAUCCGCAGCCCGUUUAUGUGGCCGGACGAAGUGGUACGCAAGGCGGAAGAUAGCGCUAUAGAAGAGAGGGAGGCGAGAUGGGCAGCAUUAGAGGGGCAUCACAACAACAGUGGCAGACGUGAAGGAGAUGACGAAAACGACGAAGAUAACGACGGCGGAGGCGGCGGCAGAAACGAUAUCAUCGAAAACUCAGAUGACGACGACGUGGGGUUCCAGAGUUGGGUGCAGGAGCGAAAGUGGACAUCAGACCGGGUCCGUCGAAUCAUCCAGCGACACAGCAGGCGAUUAUUAAGUGUGACGUUGAAUAUUAGUUCAUGGAGGCAGAUUGCCAUUGCCAUCGCCCGUCGAUACUUGCAUGGUGCAUUCAAAGAGUCGACACUGGAAGGGGAUGAUGAAGAUGAUGAUUUGGAUGAUAACCCCGUUGAUUUGCAAGCCGGACACGGAACACAUGUUGCCGGCAUGAUUUAUGCGCGCGAGUUGCAGCAGGGAUUGUUCAGCACGGCGUCGAUCCGGGACAAGUUCCGAGCGGUUAGCCGGCAAUGGCACCGUUUAUUCGAGUUCCAGGACAGCGAGGAGGGUGGAGGGAUGGCCGCGAUAGCCCGGCGAAAGCGUGCCCCGUACGACACGGAGCGUGAAUACAAUCAGAUGCAGCGAUUCCGACGGUUGCAGCAGGUCAACAUCGCCGGUCAGUUACGACAGAUGAUGGGCCCGUCGGCGGCAUUCCGCGGGCAGCAGGAGACGGUGAUCCGGGCAAUUAUACGGGGAGAGAGUCCCAUCAUCCAGAUCGCAGGCACCGGCGAGGGCAAGAGCAUGUCGUUUUUGUUACCGGCGUAUUGCGCCAACGAUAACGGCGGAACCACAAUCGUGAUCGUGCCGUUGAUAUCAUUGCGGGAUGAUUUGCACGGACGUUGUGAGAAGAGCGAAAUCGGGACAUAUGUAUGGAAGAGCCGUGAAGGACAUCAAAUUGCCCCGAUCGUGUUCGUGACACCCGAAUCAGCCGUGACGAAGGAGUUUGGCGAUUUUGUGAACCGAUUGCAGGCGCGAUGUGCGUUGGACCGGGUUGUGGUGGAUGAGUGCCACACGAUUUUGGACAGCACCGGCCGAUUCCGACCGCAGAUGAUGGAGUUGGGUCAAGUAUUGAAUGAAUGGGGCGUGCAAAGGUGUUUUUGA